AAGGCGGGUAUUUAUACAGCAAGGAAAGCUUUAGUUUAGGGAGCCUGAGUUUGGUUCAUUUCGGAAAAAUCUGGUCCAGCAAAUUCUGUUGCACGGUGCGGCAAUACAAUGAACAGCAUCGGGGAGAACUGUACUCAACUAAAAAAGGAUUACGAUAACUGCUUCAACAAUUGGUUUUCGGACCGAUUUCUGAAAGGCGAUACGGAUGAUUCGUUUUGUGCUCCACUGUUCAAAGUUUAUCAGCAGUGUGUGAAGGAAGCCAUGAAGCAACACCACAUCGAAUUUAAGGAAAUCGAAAACGAUUACCUUGGUACAAAGGAUGAGGAAAAGAAACCACCACCGAAGGACAGUUGAAGCCAUACGCACCGCCUCGACCUGAUGGAUGGCCUACCCCGUGUGAGCCUGUAAUUGCCGGCGAGCGACACAUGCGUUCGCUUCGACCAGACUGCUAGUCAAAUAAGCAAGCAAAAGUUCAAUAUUAGUUAAUGUAUGAUCGUUUUAUCCCUACAAGCUACCAUGUUUCGGUACAGCUGCGCGAUACAGUGAUAAAACUCCUGUGGCUGUAGGCACAAAUGGUGAUUGAUUGAGUGUGGCGUUUCCUUGACAACCGUUCAUCAUUCCUUGGAUUUUAUUAGCUUAAAAGGGAUAUGAAAUCAAUCAGUACUUUUUGUGUCCCGCAGCGAAACUGGCUCCCUCACAAGUGUUCUACGCCUGUUGC